AUGGGUAAAUCAAAAGAUUACUACAAAAUCCUACAUGUCAAUCCUGACUUGGAUCAAGAUGGGAUUAAGAAACAAUAUCGUCACCUAGCCAAACAGUAUCAUCCCGACAAACAUCCCGGUGAAGAAGCCGUAUAUAAUUCAAAAUUCCAAGACCUCCAGGAAGCUUAUGACAUAUUAUCAAACGAAAAGAAGAGAAAAGAAUAUGACAGGAAUCGCUGGACGACAUAUGCUAGUAAUACACCGUCAUCCGCAGGCCAACGCACUGGUUGGAAUAGACAAGAAGGGUUCCCUAAACGAGAUCCUCUAUUUCAGCAGAGAGGAAAUGCUGGCCCAAAUUAUGGGAACCCAGGGACAUCGAGAAGCAGUUUCCAGCAGAACUCUGCCAGCACAAAGCAUCCAAACUGGAAGGGCUUUAAUGCAGGAAGCUUUAGGUCUCCUAAUAUGUUUCCGCGUGAAUCUAGCACAAAGCAUAUGAAUGCAAAACGACAAGGUUUUAACCCAGGAACCGCAAGCGGAGAUGAGCCCAUGGCUUCAGGCACCUCGUCUUACUCAAAAGCACGCCGCUCUGACCACAUCUCCGAAAUUUUUGAGAGCGUCCCCGAAGCGAGACCACAAUCUCAAGGUGGGGAGAGAACUCAUUUGUCCCGUGAAGAUAUCUCCAGAGAUAAUUUGGGCGCGGGGUCUGUCGAUCCGCCUUUGACAAAGGAUGGUGAGGGGAAAGAAGCAAAGACAAGACAAACAGAUAGCACGACUCCCGAAAUGCCACCGAACACAAACCCGACUGCUCCCGUUCCGUCUAGUCAUUAUCGCAGACCAUAUGUAUCGACAGAAGAUGAAGAGAAUGCCACAUCAGAAACAGUCACAUCGGACGCGCCAUUUCAAAGCUCUGAUUUCCAGCUUCCACAACCUCCCAUACUUAAUGUGGAGCAGAAUGACUUACAUAAGAACCUUGAGGAGAUCACUCUUUAUAUUAUGAAAUGGAGUGACUUUCAAAGAGAAGUUAUUCAAAAGUUGUCAGAGACCCGUGUUACUCAUAUUGAGGCUGUUGCUCGCAAUAUUAAGGUUUCCUCAGACAUCAUGAAACGACAGCGUGAAGCCUACGAAGAAUAUACCCGAAUACGAAAACAUUGGAAUAUCGCUCAAGAGCAGUAUCAGAAGUGCAUAUUGCGACUCACGGAAAUUUACAGGUCCCUUCGUACUCUGUAG